AUGAAGAGCGGUGCAUGUUUCAAAUGUGGUUCUCUUGACCACUUCCUCAGGGAUUACCCAAAGCGAAAUGAAAAAGAAGUGGAAGUAGCCCUGAAGUUAAGCGCUCCCAUUGCACGAGGUAGACCUCCUAGAUAUCCUGAAAGUGCUAGUGGCAGUCGAGCUGUGGCUAAAGACACUGUAAAAUUAGAGGCUCGAGCCCCGACAAGAACUUAUACAAUACGCGCUCGAGAGGAAGCCUCUACUCUUGACAUUAUUACGGGAAAGGCGAAUGUGGUCACCGAUGCAUUAAAUAGAAAAUCCUUGUUUACAUUGAGAGCCAUGGACACUCGAUUGGCGUUGCUUGAUGAUGGUUCAAUUUUGGCAGAGCUAAAAGCUAGGCCGACAUUUCUGCAGGAAAUUUAUGAUACUCAAACUAAUGACAGUGACUUACAUGCUAAAAGAAUUCAGUGUGAGUCGGGCAUUAAAUUAGAUUUUCAGAUCGGUCCUGAUAGAUGUUUGAUGUUUAGAGAUAGAGUUUGUAUACCCAAAGAUGAUGAGCUUAUUCGCAAAAUCUUGCAAGAAGCACAUGAUAGCUGUUUGUCUAUUCUUCUGGGAAGUACUAAGAUAAAGGAUUUAGCCAGGACAGGUAACCGUUGA